CAAAUGAAUAAUUUCUAUCUUUAACAUAAAGUAACAGUAAAAUAUUACAUUAGUUACAACUUUUUAGCAAUGUAACUUACAUACAAUAUUAUAUUAUAUUUAUAUUGUUGUGGAAAAUAAUAUUGUAAUAUUACUGUUAACACUCUGUUCUUUUUUUAGCUGAAUCUUUUCUACCGUUCGUCUUCUUUUUUUUUCUUCAACCUAAAGAAAUAAAGAGAAAAGACGAGGAAAGAUAAACCGUGCAAAAAGGUUUUCAGGUAAAGAAAACAGGUUUAAUUUUUGUUUACUAGGUGCAAGGAACCUAACUAUUUCCGGAAAAGCGACUCGAUUGGUCGCGCAGGUCGCUUCUUGGUGCGCACAGCCUACAGUGCCGUCGCGCGUGCGAGCAAGGGCCAUUUAGCGUCCGAUCACCGUGGUGACGGCGAGCACGCAACGACGACAUCGGACGAGCCAACUGACUCACUCACAAUCCAAACAGUCGUCGUCGUCGCCGUUUGCUAUUUAUAAGCGUGUGCACGCACGAUGGGUCGUGCGUUCGCCUGUUUUCGCUACUGCCUCGUUGCCGGUGCAAUCCUCCUCGGCAUUUCUGGUGCGGUUAUGAGCGUUUUUGCCAGUUACUUUAUUUAUCAAUUGCACGAAUAUGCGCCACUUACACCUGAUCGUGUGUGCGGAUCAUCUGCCACCUUACUAGCGAUGGGCGUUAUCACAUGCGGGAUCGGCUGGUUCGCCUGGCAAUUCCUGGAUUUUUCCAACAAGGGGCAAGUAAUGGUUUUUGUCGUAGCACUGGCGAUCAUCGUGCUGAUUGAAACUGGUGUCGGGAUUUGGGCCUUGGUGCGGCACGAACAAGUAGAUAUCUUGUCAUCCGCGCGACAUGAAAAGAUCUUUGCCCUUGCCGUCACGGAUGAGAAAUCCACUUGGGAUCACAUGCAGUCAAUGUUACAAUGCUGCGGAAUAGAUGGACCUUCCGAUUAUCGUGGCGUGGACGCGAUUCCUUGGUCCUGCUGUAACACGACGAAUCUUGCGAACGAUAACAUCACUGAGGGUAUUUGCACAACCAUAAAUAAACGUGGAUGUCAGCACGUGGUAUUGAAUCGAACAAGAUCGAUCCUCCUGCACGUAUUUCUGCUAGCAUUAUGCUCCGUACUCCUACAGAUUUCCUUCAUAGCGUGUCUGACUUGCUACGUGAGAAUUUACAAAGACAGAAUGGAAAGGAGAGUAUCUGAGGUGGUCAAGCGCAUGUCCCUGCAAGAUAUUGGGGAAAAAGAUACUAAGAACAACCUUCUGACACGUCCGAAAUAUUCGCGCACUUCUGACAAUUCCUAGCUAAUGUUACGUUUCGCGAAGGGCGAAGAUACGUGUCACCUAAGAGCAUUGCAUUAUUGUGAUAUGCGAAGUACGUUUCGCGUGGUAACAACAUCAACGAUAUACAGGUACACUAGUGAUAUUGACAUUGCUCCAAUUAUACAAGAUGUUCCAGAUUUUCUAUCUAGAAAUACUUUAGCGACAAAUUCUUCAAGAUGAUUUUGCAAUACAUAAUUGAGGAAAAAGUUAUUCGGUCUUUUUCCAACUUUAAAUUGUUUGAAAAACAAAAGUCAAUUGAUAUUUUUGUUAAAGUCGAUCGAAAGGAAUUUUUUUAAUGCAUUUAGAAUAUUUUUUAAGAUUAUUUUUUAUCGUUUUGUCUUUCCUUUCUCGUCAUACAAUUAGAUUUAAAGAAAGCGUUUUCCUUUUAUAUUCAUCAAGAAAGAUCUAUCUCUAAAGUAUUUUUCAAUUCCGCGCUUGAAUGUUCUGCAUAAAGAAAAGAACAACAAUAUUCUAAAGGUGUUAAAAAAGUUUGCAUCUUUACUGCCUUAUUGCCAUUUCAUGAAUAAAUAGGCGAUUCUUAUUAUUAUAACGACAUUUUUUUAGUAUUGAUAGUUUUUUUUUUAUUUAUGUUCCUAGCAAUGCCAAAAAUUAUGAUUUAAUUCAAGAUACGUAGUUUUAUCUUAUCAUACACGAUUAAAGUUUGCGUUUACAUUUUUGAGGCUUUUAAUUUAGUCCGUACUUAACAUUUCUUUUAUUGUAGUCAUUAAAUAAGUAGCAAUCAGUAAUAAGUGCACAAUGCAAUUGCAUAAAUUGCUAUAAAUAAAUUCUGCGUUUUAUACG